CCCAGCAAACACUUUUCUUGAGGUAACCACAUUGUGCAGCACCCUCAUUCAAAACGAAUAAACAUCUAUACUGGCAUGACUGCAAGCCUGCAAAGCUAUGUGGUAUGCUGCACACAAGUUUAGAGUUUGUGGUAGGUUAGGAUGUGUUGUGCACAGCUCUUUCCAGUCGCUCUUAGCUAUGUUCCAUGGUAUUCAUAUCACAGGAACAUGCAGUUAGGCAGUACUGUCAUGAUUGGUGAAAUUACUGGCUGUAUCUGCACGAUGGCCUCCAGAGUGUCAUCCAUAAACUUUAAUUCUUCUCUGAAAUGCAGAUGCAAUGUUUCUAUUUGAUGGAAGGUGUUAACUAAGUAUUGUGGUGUGUUGAGUUUGUCCUGCAUUGACAACCAUGACAUUUGACUACCUGAACAUCUUUGCUUCAUUCAGUUCACAGACUGUAUCUGUGAUACAGCAUUAUCAAAUUCCCUCUGCAUUCUUUGAUGACAGUCAUCUGGUGUCAGAUAUGUGACAUUCCACUGUUAGAGCAGUGCAUCAAACUUCCAUAGUUCAUUUUUGGAGAUUUUCUUGCUGUCUAGCUUCAUGUCAGAUUAAUGAUGGGGCCGCCUCAUGGUUGUCUGUCAUACAGAGCGUUACACUGCGAUUUCUUUUUUGGACAAUUUGGACACAUGCUUCCUAUAUGUUUAAGAUUUUUUUCAGUUAUUCCACAUCCAUAAGGACCUUUUUCACUUGUGAUCUGUGGAAAGUACAUUAGCAUAUGUUUUUCUUUGCAGAUAUUUACUGUGUAUUCUUAUUGUUUGUCAUCUUCUGUAUCCUGGAAGAUCUUCUUACUAUCAAUGUAUUGGAAGGAAAAACACAUCUAAUCUAAUCUGAUCCUGUUAGCACCACAUAGUAAUUGUUUGUCAUAGGGACAUUCCAGUUAAGGUUCUUGCAUGCAAGAGAUCAAAAAUACCGGUCAUCUGCUGCAUUCAUUGGCAUAGGGUGACGAGUAUGGGGCAAGUCACGGGCACACGUUUUAAAAAUGAUUCCAGGUGUCUGCACUACAUCACUAUGGCUCAAUGCUAUUCACCUUGUAACUUCUCUUGUUGAUAUAAAGCAGCAUUCUGUGUGUGAUCAAGCAUUUGCGUGUGCAUUGUUGGCUUUGCAGAAUGCACAUUCAUUGUUUACACAAGCCCUACACAGUUUUCUGUUGGAGUUACAAAUUCAGCUGCCUCACUGACAUUCAGUAAAAUCACUACGCUUGCAAUAGAUGGUGUUAUAAUCUAGGUUGUUAAAGUGUUAAGGCAGUUCAUGGGAGCAGGUGUUUCAAGUUUGGGCACUGUAGGUCAAGGGUGAAUAGCAUACCAAGUGCUGCAAAUCUCUUAUACUACUCUGUGUUUUCUUCCCGUUAUUCAUCUUGACACCAGCAGCAGCUGUUUCAAAAAAUCAAUAUUGUUGAGGAAUGGGAUUUGAGGUAAACAGAUUUCAGGGUGAAGUCGAUGAGGAAUUAGUUUGCCCAAUAUGCUCAGGUGUUCUUGAGGAUCCUCUACAGGCCCCCAUAUGUGAGCAUGCAUUUUGUCGUGAAUGUAUUCAGGAAUGGAUAUCAAGACAACCAACAUGCCCAGUUGACCGACAGAAUAUCACUUCAGCACAGCUGAGGCCUGUGCCACGUAUUUUAAGAAACUUGCUCUCCAGGUUAUAUAUAACAUGUGAUAAUGCAAGCUAUGGCUGCACAUCAGUAAUGAAACUGGACUCUUUAUCAUCACAUUUGGAAGAAUGUGAACAUAAUCCAAAACGACCUGUAACAUGUGAACAAGGCUGUGGCCUGGUAAUUCCUAAGGAUGAAUUAAAGGAGCACAACUGUGUGAGAGAACUGCGUGCAUUGAUCCACUCACAGCAGCAAAAAAUGACUGAUUUCCAGCAAGAGAUGGCUGAGCAACGUUUCCAGAUAAAUGAACAAAAGCGCGAACUACAGUUACUAAAGGAUUUUAUGCGAGCAAUGCGUAUAUCCAAUCCAGCGAUGAGAGCUAUAGCGGACCAAAUGGAAAGAGAUGAAGUGUUGAGGUGGUCCAAUUCCUUGACAAGGGCAAGAGUAACUAGAUGGGGUGGAAUGAUUUCAACCCCUGAUGAUGUUUUGCAGGCAAUGAUAAAACGAACGUUGUCAGAGUCAGGCUGUCCACCCCAUAUUGUGGAUGAUUUAAUGGAAAAUGCACAUGAACGGCGCUGGCCACCUGGACUGUGUUCUCUGGAAACUAGGCAAAAUAAUCGUCGUCAAUAUGAACAGUACGUGUGUAAGAGGGUGCCAGGAAAGCAAGCCGUAGUAGUUUUGCUGUGUGACAAUACCCAUAUGAGUGAUGACAUGAUGGUUGACCCUGGACUUGUUAUGAUUUUUGCUCAUGGAAUUGAGUGAAAAAACAUGAAAAUCCAUGUGAUUUAACUAAACCUCAAAGUGUUUUAAAUGCUUGGUUAAUUCAGCAUUGUGUUGUACACUGACUACCAGAAUUUAGGAAAUUCUGUUCUUACAACUAAACAUUUUCUACCAUUUUUGUACCUUUCCUUUUCCUUUCUGUAUAGUAUUUCCCUGUCUAGUCUUCCUGUCCUGUCCUGUCCUGUCAAAGUCGGUGCUAUCUCAGUAAUCAUAAAAACAUUGUAAUGGAUUUGUUUCAUUUCUGUAACAUUACUGUACAUUUGUCCAUCACCACUUGUUCAGAAUACUCGCAAUCUCUGUCAGUAAUGCAUGAUGAUUUUAGGUGCACCAUUGUUCUUUCCAACAUAUUGCAAACGUUGGAAGUUAAAAAUUCCUUUAUGUUAUCCCUGCAAUGAUCUUGUUAGAAAUAUUUAAAAUCUGCAGCAACAUCAAAUUCAAUGGUAUGGCCAUUUGUAACAAAUUUGGUGCUAUCAACUGUGUCUGUUUUUGAAAACUAUUUUGUUUUGUCUGUUCUCUUUGGCUACUUUUUUCCCCCACUCACACUUUCAACAUCUUUUACUUAACAAUAUUGCAAUUCACCGCUUGUACGUAAGUUCUCUUCUUCUUCUCCACAGCAUUUUCUAAGUAACCAUGUGUUAUAAUGAGUCAUUUCUUUCAGAGUAUUAGUGGCCAAGUUAAAUUAAGAAGCUGACGGGCAGAUGGAAAAGGUACAUGUUGCUACUGCUAUCUCCCAGCACUGAGAUCUGACUAAAGUGAACAGUGAUGUUCACUGGAUGGUGGGAGUAA